GAACUAUUGAAAAAUUACUCUACCAGCAACAACAUCAUCAGCAGCAGCACCAGCGUUAAGUCCAGCACCCACAGCAACAUCAGCAACAACAGUACGAAGAACCACGCUAGUACCAGUAUCACGAAACCUUACAACAGCAGCAGCAGCAACAACAACAACAUCAACAGUAGCAGCAACAGCAGUCUCCUAAGCAUUGUUUCACCCUCCCCUGCCGCAAUCGCGGGCAACAGUAGCAAGAACAAUUUCUGCCUGAUACCAAACCUGCCCCUUCCUUCCGCAUCGGGAGCACUACUAUCGACGGGCACGUUCGACAACUUAUCCGCAAUGUCGUCCACAACUGCUGCUGCCUCGAACGGCGGAUCCAUACUGCUCGGCAGCGGUCACUCUAGCACCAGCAGCACCAACUCCACCGUUGCCGCCAUGGUAGCGGCAGCGGCCGCCGCUGCCGCCGCAACACUGAACAGCAAGCGGCAUCCCCCCUCCGCAACGGUCGUUUCCUCAUCUCAGCUUCUCGUUUCGAACGGUUUGGGGAGUGGUAGCGGCGUUAGCAGCAGUGGCAUUGGAAGCACACUGCUUUUCAGCGGCAGUCACCAUCGGCGUCUUCCACUCAAUCCAUCAACGUACCAGCCGCCGCAGCAACAAUCGACAGCAUCGGCCGCUACAGCGCACCACAUGACGGCGGCAAACGCGAUAGCGGCGGCGGUCGCCGCAGCAGCAGCGACCGUUGCCCAGCAACAGCGCCAGUAUCGUCAGCAGCACCAGCACGGCUACUCGACGACGGCCACGCUAGCCGCAUUAUUCCCGCCAAUGAGCAGCAAGCUGCUGCUGCCGAGCAGAAAGCAACACACAUCCAUCACAGAGCGCAGCAGCAGCGCAGUUCCUCCAUCCGCAUCGAAGCAAUCAGCGCUGGCAGUGAGAAACAGCACGGCAACAACCAGUGCCGAAACCGUGUCGAUCUGUGGCGGCGGCAUCAGCAGCAGCAGCAGCAGCAACAUUCCAUCCGUUACGGUUGUGCCCUCCUUGUGCGGCGGCGAGGUGAUGGGGGGUAGUGAAGCGACCGUGCGCACGCUAGUCGCAACCGUCGGGGCAACGAGCACGAUCGCCACGCUGGCCGCGCCGGUACCGUCGGCAAUGCUACUAUCGGCGUCUUCGUCCAGCAGCAGCAGCAAUAGUAAUAGUAGUUGUAGUAGCAGUAAUAGUAGUAAUAACCAUAACGAUACCAUCGGUACGACUAAUCAUUCCCAUCGGGCUGCCGCCGAUGGUCUGUCUCCGUCCGCAUCAUCGUCGAGGGUCGAUGGUGGUGAGUUUAGCUCGUCAGUGUCGUCAACCGUGUUGAUGCCGUUGAUAACGAAACUGCAAAGCAAUGAACCCUACAUCAGCAAUAGUGGUGGAACCGGUGGCGACGAUCUUUCACACGCAAGUGUACCUACUACCGUUGAUGGCGAGACUGAUCCAGCAACAGAAUCGUGUACGGAAACGGCAGUAGCAGCAACCACAUCGGCAGCAGCAGCAGCAGCACCGCUCGCCGAGGACGGCACUGUUACGGUUGUCAAUGGUGCGGACGGGAUCGCACAACAUUUUACCAGUCGGGACGAGGAGUGCUCCAACUUCACCAUCACCGCCACCAGCAACAGCAGCCGCAAUGCUCUGAAGCACAAGCUAACUUUUGAUGACGAGGACGACGAGCGCGAACCGGCCGUACCGGCAAAAGUUCGAAUAUCGGAACAGGAGGAUGAUGAUGACGGUUGUGCAUGGGCGGCGACAAAAACCAUCCAAACGGACGUGGCUGGUGAUGGUGUUAUCAGCGAAAAGCUACAUCACGAGACAACUAAGAACUGUGGUGGUAGUGGGAUGCAUAAUACCAUCGGCGCGUGUACUACAAACGGUGCGAUCGAGGGACAAAGUCCACAAACCGAUGGUGGUUCACCCACGGAACGGUGCAACAAUAUUCCUUUAUAGAUGGGACGGAUCCCUGGAUCGUAAUUUAAUUUGUCUGAUAAGUUCCCUUCCCCCCCUUCCCAUUGCUGUUGCUGCUGCACACGCACACAUUCGAUUGUCCUCAUCACCACACAACCAGCUACCAUUCACGUGCAGCGAAGCGAAAGGAAGAAGGUUUAUUUUGCUAAACAAACGACUUUUUUUGUUCAGAUAGGGAAAGACGAAACAAAGCUCAUACACCCACCACCACUACCCCUCACUUUAAACACAACCUUCCAAUUAGGUUCAAGCUGUAACGGUGGAUUAAUCUAGACCACCACACCCAAUCCUUGUCUGCUGCAAGCCACAACGCAUCCUGUUGCUGUGGCCCCGGACCCCAUGUGCCCCAUAGUGUAAGCGGAAUGAGUUGUAAAAUAGGGCAGGAAGUGGCUUUAUGUACAGAAUGCUUAUAUCUAUGCGUAUAGCUUUUUGUUCAUUAUUGCGUCAAGGUUGUGUUUUUUUUUAGCAUCUGUGUGUACCACAGGAUCCAAGGCGCAGUAACGCUUUCCUCGCGACGCUUCUGCGUUUUCUGAUCAACAGUUUGAAUCCGGUGUGCACACAGCAGCAGCAGCAGCAGCAGCAGCAUCGUGAUUUUAAAUUGCGGGCUGAUCGUCCGCCAAAGACUGACACACACACACACUGUUGUCCCUGUUGAAAAGUUCAAAAUGAUGCAAAACACGUUCCUCUCUCUCUCGCGAUUUUACACAGCGUUCAGUCCGGGUAGCAGUGCGGCAACGGAAACCAGUUUUUGACCAGUCUGUCUGCAGUCAAAAACGAAAAAGGACACAGACAGAGAGAAAAAGCUAGAGCACGAAUAGGAUUACAGCAGUGGAUGCGCUGCUGCACACAAGGUUCGGAAAAUUUGACACUGUCCUUUUGUGUUGCAAAGUGCGAGAAGAGGCAGGGGAAAGAGGGCACCCUCCGAAAAUGGUUGGUUGUGUGUGUGUGUGUUUAUUUUUUGAUAAAUGUAAAGAAGUAAAUAGAUAUGCAAGAAAGGGGAUUUUUUUAACAACAACCACACACGUACGAACGCACAGUGUUACCACCGUGGAAAGGAAAGUGGGAGAGCGCAACCCUUUUUAUAAAUUCACAAAAAGAUCACUCCCGGACAUAACCCAAAAAAAGAAAAUAGGGAGAACGCUUUAAUGUGCUGCUGAGGACGUUAUUAACAAGGGGACUGGAGAUAAUUCCAUCUUCAUUCCUCUUCAAAUGCUCUUCCCGGUUUGUUCGUUCUGUUUGGUGUGCCCGGUAAACAACGAUGACGAGCUGCUGGUGGUGGUGCAUGUUGGAUGUUGUGUGUGUGUAGUAUUUGGUAAAGAAAUUCUAAGAGGUCGUCGUAACUAAGGGAAGGAGAAGAGCUAGCGUGAAGGAGAGUGAAACAAUAGUGUGAAAACCCGUGAAGCAGCGAUGCAGUGAAAUUAAAACAUCCCCCUUCUUAAGAUGCUGCAAAAAAAGCGUGCAAAAUGGAAAACACAGCUCUAGCAAAGAUAGGCACAGGUGGGUGGGUGUGUGUGUGUGCGAAUGUUGUGCAUGUUGCGUUUGAGUUAGUUCGUUGAUGAUAAGAUGCGCUAUGCGCUAUCACAUAAAACAAAAUCAACCUCGGACGGAUAUGCGUCGUGCGGUUAGGCGUGUGUGUGUGUGUAACAAUGAGAUGAGGAAAGGUUGAAUGGGUUAGUUUUCUACUCGUACGGUAAGCAGCAACAAAAAAAAAUAGGAGAAGGAUAGGUGAAGCGAAGGAAAGCGAGAAAGAGGAACAGAUAUAUUUAUUAUACUAACUAACGCACAAACCUGGCUGGAAAAACAAGACACACACACACACAGACACUGACAGAGAGAGAGGUUUUCCAGAGGUUAGGGGACAAAGCAGGGAAGGGGGAACACUCAAUAAGAGAGAGAUUCCUGGCUAGACAAUUUUCGAGAAUUGCGAAUAGAAUAAAAGAACGACGGAAACCAUCGUCAGGUGCAGACGUGAA